CAGUCCUUUGGAUUAGGAGGAAGUGUGUGCUGGAGAGCAAAGGAGUAUUGGAGUCACAGAAGACAGAGAGAGAACGAUUGAGGGAGGAAUGCUAUGGCGGUGUCUCGGUGUAGUGUUAGUACGUGGAGCAGUAAGCAGGUGUCUGGCUGGCUGAAGCAGGAGGGGUUUGGGCAGUAUGUGGAGCUGCUGUGUUCUAAACAUCGUGUGGAUGGGCCCAGCCUGCUGACUCUAAGGGAGGCUGACCUGCGUGAACCCCCUCUGAGCCUCACUGUGCUGGGGGACAUCAAGAGGCUGGCCCUGGCCCUGCGGAGGCUCCAAAUACAGAACCAGAAGCAAAUGGAGGAGCUGGGGAUAGGGUUAGGGGGAUUAGGGGCUGCUGCUGGGGGGGACAGGGCCUGUCACGGGGAAGACUGGGAGGAUCACAGGGCUGACAGGCGGUGUAAUAGAGGGGAUCGUGUGUGUAACGGGGCAGGGCGCCGUCAGGUGGACUGUGGGGUCUCAGGGUCAUGGUCAGGGUCGCGACCCCGGUCAGGGAUGGCGUUAGAAGAAGACCAGUGCCACAUUCACUCCACUGGGGACAGGAAGUGCCUUUUAGGGUGUCUGGACCCAGAGCUGUGGAAGACAGUAGUCAGCUCUGUUUACGUCAUGCUCGUCUUCGGAUUUACCUCCUUCGUCAUGGUGAUCGUCCACGACCGCGUUCCCGAUAUGACAAUUUACCCGCCACUGCCCGACAUCUUCCUGGAUAGUGUACCCAGAAUCCCUUGGGCUUUUGCGAUGGCGGAGGCUUGUGGUUUAAUCCUAGUUUACAUCUUCCUGUUGGUGCUACUACUACACAAACACAGGUCUAUCAUAUUGCGGCGUCUGUGUUCUCUGAUUGGAACAGUGUUUCUGCUGCGUUGCGUCACCAUGUUUGUUACCUCCCUCUCUGUACCUGGACAACAUCUACAGUGCUCCAGUAAGAUGUAUGGUGAUACGUGGUCUAAGGUCCAGAGGGUGUUUGCUAUAUGGAGUGGCUUUGGCAUGACGCUGAAUGGAGUGGAUACCUGUGGAGAUUACAUGUUCUCUGGUCACACUGUGGUACUCACCAUACUCAACUUCUUCAUCACAGAGUAUACUCCUCGUAGCUGGCACCUGCUCCAUACCAUCUCCUGGGUACUGAAUCUGUUUGGUAUCUUCUUCAUCCUGGCGGCUCAUGAGCACUACUCCAUAGAUGUGUUCAUAGCUUUCUACAUCACCACCAGACUGUUCCUGUAUUACCACACUCUGGCCAACACCAGGGCCUUCCAACACAGCCGCCGUGCUCGGAUCUGGUUUCCCAUGUUCUCCUUCUUCGAGUGUAACGUCACCGGUCCUGUUCAUAACCAGUACAACUGGCCCUUCAGUGGGCCUGCCUGUAUGAAGACACUGAUUGGAUAACACAACUGGCCCUUCAGUGGGCCUGCCUGUAUGAAGACACUGAUUGGAUAACACAACUGGCCCUUCAGUGGGCCUGCCUGUAUGAAGACACUGAUUGGAUAACACAACUGGCCCUUCAGUGGGCCUGCCUGUAUGAAGACACUGAUUGGAUAACACAACUGGCCCUUCAGUGGGCCUGCCUGUAUGAAGACACUGAUUGGAUAACACAACUGGCCCUUCAGUGGGCCUGCCUGUAUGAAGACACUGAUUGGAUAACACAACUGGCCCUUCAGUGGGCCUGCCUGUAUGAAGACAC